AUGAGCAAUCCUCCGGAAGAUUCUUUUAAACGAAAAAAUCCAAAAUCCGUGAGGUUUCCAGAAGGCCAAGGAAUCUCCUCAGCUCGGGAUGACCCGUCCCGGAGAUCUCUGGAUAGCAACGAUGAUCUCUCCGACACUGCGUCGGUCGAGCUUGGACCAGGAUAUUCUGGCUCAAAUGCAGCUAGUGGGUCCCAUAUGUUCCCCGUUCUUGAAGCCUCUGAUGCGAGUUCUGACGACGAGAGCAGCGACGACGAUGAGCAGACCCGCUUCAACACAUUGGCCAACCGAAACUUGCCCACAGAGCCUCAAUCUGGGUCAACGCCACAGCUCCAGAUCACGCCGCCGCCACUAGUAGACAAUAGCGCGCAAAUGUACACCGGUCUGCUAGACGUUGGGUCGCGGGUCAGCGGAGGCUUAGCACCAGGAGCGGCUGAGGUAGAGGAAGAGAACUCUACGAAGCUUGAAGAGGAAUACCGGCAGCGCCGCAACACUUUGUUACGGUCAUUGGAAAAAAAUCAAAUGGCUCACUCUAUGCCUUCGAGCCUGAACGGUUCUCCCCGCCUGGAACCACAUGAGCCUGAGCAAUUCGUUCCAGAGAUGCCACGGCCAUCUUAUAAUUCCCGAGCUCACGAGCUCAAUGAUUUUGAGCUUGAAAAGCGCUUGAAAGAACUUGAAACCGAAACUCUAGACCAGCGCCGCCUUGAGGACUAUGAAAGCGCUGUUAUACCAUACGACGAGAAAAAAUUGAGCAGAACGCCCUCUGAGGAUGGGAAGCGGGACUCAAUGGAAUCAAAGCGCACUCGCGGCAGUACUCGAAGCCGCACGUCUGCUGAAGUAGCUGCUCAGUUGUCGGAAGACGCCCGAGCGGAGGCACGUGAUUUAGCCGCCCAACUGGUCAACCAGCACGUUAAGAAAGGAGGAAACUCAGCCGAGCCUAAUGAUGCUCUCUAUGUGCCGAAUCAUAACUAUCUCAUGAAUGCUGGUCUCAUGGAUCUUGAUGUGUGCGACGAUGAUGACUCGGACGGUAUGCGUGACGAAGAUGGUCCAGAACCUCAGAUUGAAGGCGGCGAUGCCCCUUACGUCGCUCCUCCAAAGCGGGUCAAGGAAGGUGUUCUCGGUGCCUUGCUGAGACUGUACGCCGACGAGGACGACAACAAGUCCCAGACGACCCUUGUCAGUUCAGCGAACUCGCCCUCCACUUCUGGGUUUCAAUCUCCAGUUGGAUCUCCAGACCUUUCGCCUGAGUUUUCCAGAACACCCACAUCGCCGAUGUCGUUGUCCGAUGAUCAGCAACGUCCUGGUUAUUUCAGAUCGCACUCGACCGAUGAUGUUGGAACGGGCGGCUCUAAAAAGCGGCCAAAGUGGUAUAAGCACCGCAGCACACAAUCUGUGAUGUCUUUGAGCAAGUUGGCUGCAAGCUCUAUGAGCACACUUGCUCCUGCUAGUGCAGACAUGCUGCACUCGAUUGGCAAGGACAAGGAGAAAUCAAAGGCUGACAAGCAGCGAAGAGCAGCCGAAGCCCAGGCAGCUAAAGCGAAAGCUCAGGCGAAAGCUCAGGCAAAGGCGGAGGCCAAACGGCGUAAAAAGGCUCGCAUGGCCGAGCGGUACCGCAUCACUGUACAUAUCGCAGACGUCCUUCAGCGACAGCGGUUCAUUCUCCGUAUUGGCCGGGCUCUUAUGCUUUUCGGUGCGCCAUCUCAUCGACUAGAAGAAUAUUUGGUGAUGAUUGCGCGUGUUUUGGAAAUCGAUGCGCAAUUCCUCUAUAUGCCUGGCUGUAUGCUUGUUUCGUUUGGAGACGUCACUACCCAUACCUCUGAAACGAAACUUUUACGGGUUACUCAAGGUCUAAACCUCGUCAAGCUUGAUCGCACACACGCAAUCUAUAAAAAGGUCAUUCACGACGAGAUGGAUCUUGAAACGGCAGGGGAAAGUAUUGACGAGCUGCUUGCAUCCAAGCCGAUGUACAACAAGUAUCUGUCGGUGCUCUUUUUUGCCCUGGCUACAGCAAACUUUUGCGUUUUCAGUUUUGGUGGAUGGUGGUGGGAUAUUCCCAUUACUUUCUGGUUAGGCGGACUGGUUGGGUUCCUUCAGGUGUGGGUUGCGCCCCGGUCCGAUUUGUACAACAACGUGUUUGAAGUCACGUCGUCUAUUCUUGUCAGUUUUAUUGGUCGGGCUAUGGGCUCUAUAUGGCACAAUGGCGAAAGGCUGUUUUGUUUUUCGGCCAUUGUGCAAGGGUCGCUGGCGCUGAUUUUACCUGGAUAUAUCAUUCUUUGUGGCUCUUUAGAGCUCCAGAGUAAAAACCUGGUGGCCGGUAGCGUGCGGAUGUUCUAUGCCAUUAUCUAUUCAGAGUUUCUCUCGUUUGGAAUAACUCUGGGGUCUCUUAUCUACGGCUGGAUUGAUACAGGUGCGACGUCGGAAACAGUGUGCACUCGGAAGCUUGACGACAAAUGGAAAAUCCUUUUCGCACCUCUAGCACCGCUAUUUCUGGGCAUGGUGAACCAAGCAAGCUGGCGACAGCUUCCCACCAUGAUUCUCAUUUCGUCUGCCGGAUACACGGUAAUUUACUUUGUGCAGAGAGCUGUACCGUCAGCGUCCUCGUUUACAUCGGCAAUCGGAGCCUUUGUUGUCGGGAUUCUUGGAAAUUUGUACUCUCGUAUUGGCCAUGGUCUUGCGUUUGCUGCAAUGUUGCCGGGUAUUUUUGUGCUGGUGCCUAGCGGUGUCGCCUCGCAGGGGUCGCUCGUGCAGGGCAUUGUGUUGGCUAAUGAAAUUGUAUCCAACACCACGAAACACGACGGCAGCAACCAGCAGGCUCAGACCACAAACACCACUGCGCUCGGUGCUACAAUGACUUCUGUUGCUGUGGGAAUCACAGUCGGCCUGUUUGUUGCAACAUUGGUCGUCUACCCAUUGGGUUCUCGACGCAAGCGGUCGGGUCUUUUCACAUUUUAA